CAAGAAAUAUCGCGAGAAGAUGGAUACUCCGCACGCGCGCGUGUCUGCAUCUCUAUCUGUGUGUUUGUGUGUGUGUGUGGUGUAUGUGUGUGUGGUGAUGUGUGUGUACGGUCACCUGCUCGCUUGACGUCGUCCCUCCACCGACCGACCUCCACCGACCCACCCGCGCGCGCCACCACGCAUCGCCGGAGUCAUGCGUUCACACACACGCACGCGCGCGACACACACAUCGAACGUGCGACGAGGUCCAACGACGGCGGCGGAAGGAGAAAACAGAACCGAAGUCACGUGUGGGAGGCACAACCCACCCUCCAUCUCCUCCAUCUCUCUUCCUCCUCCCUCCGACAACCAGCAGCAGAUUCGCCCGAUGCAUGUGACGCGCUGUGCGACCGCCGCGCGGCAAAGCUUGCGAAGUUAGUUCUCGUCUCGGGCGCAUCCAGUAUUUAUGCCCACCUCCACACCUGUCCUAUCGAUUAACUUCGUGUGGUGAUUGGAUCCGAUAGCGUCGGAAAGGUGAUUUCGCAGGUAACUCAGGUUAAGGGGAGAAAAUUCAGCAGCGGCGCCAACAGCAUUCGCUCCGACAGAGCGGGACGACAGGUAAACUCCGCGCUGAUCAGUCGAUGCGCUUGACUUGGCACAGUCUUGUCCUUCUGUCUGAAGACGGGGACGUCUGCUGGGCUGUCAGUCUCUUUUGAUUUUUGUUCUGUCGAGGAAAGUUGAUUCUGGUGUCAUUUUAAAACAUUUUGUUGGUUGAGGACCGUCAUCCGCUGACCUGCAGAUCUUUGUGGACGUCUUCAUGACAACUUCUUCACACUUCAGUGACUCUGGAAUUGCUUCAGUGAACACAGCCUUGUUCUGGUUGUAAUACCGUAAGGAACCAGGAAGGAUUUUCUGUUUAUGUUUCUACUGUCUCACAGGCAGUGUCAUUGAUCACAUGAUAGUGUUCCUGACAACGAGGUGGACAUUUUGGGCAACCAUGGUUUCAGGUGUGCUCCGUUGACAGCAAGGUGUGUUUGUGUGUGUAGCAAUGGCCUGGAAGUAUGUGAGGUCACUUUUCUCACACCCUGUUGUUACCUGCAGCGUGUUUACACAACAGUUUCUUAAGUGCAACCACCAGUGCAAACUGUGAGAGUACGACGAGAAAUGCGAAGCAUGCGACAGAAAGUAUGGACUGGCAUCGUCAGGAGCGACGACCUCGCAGUUUCGUAGGAGGAGUGCUACGCACGUGAGCUUGCCAUCUCUUGCCAGUGGAUUGAAAGUAUUUCAGGGUUUGGACACCAUGACGGCGCAGACUGUGUUUUCCUAUGUGGUCGUCAUCGCAGUCAAUCUGGGAUUCGCACUCGGAGGACGGAAACCUCAGAGAGGGGGAUCCCUACCCUCAUACCUUCACACCCGGGAGUGGCCUUCACCUUUCAGCUUCCCGGAUCCCUUCUCACCAUCCUCCCUCUCGGGUGCCCACGCCAUUCCAUUGCGGGUACGGUCUUCAGGCCCCGGGCCUGGGAACCCCGGAGGUACUGAGCCCGGCGGACACCUGAAAGUGGACGUUGGAGGUGAUGUCAUCUUCGGUGGUUUGUUUCCGAUGCACGAGAAGGGUCCAGAGGGAGAGAACUGCGGCAAGAUCAAGAAGGAGAAGGGUAUCCAGCGACUGGAGGCCAUGCUCUUCGCCGUCGAUCUCAUCAACCGGAACCCGAAUCUGCUUCCGGGACUAACCGUGGGCAUGCACAUUCUGGACACGUGCAGUUACGACACCUUCGCUCUGGAGCAGUCCAUGGACUUCAUCAAAGCGCAUCUGUCCACCAUCGACCUGGAGGACUACAGGUGUGACGACGACCAGUCGCCGUCCUACCACCGCCUCAACCCUGUGGCCGGCGUCAUAGGCGCGGCGUCCAGUACGGUAUCCAUCAUGGUCGCCAACAUCCUGCGACUGUUCAAGAUCCCACAGAUCAGCUACGCCUCCACCAGCGUCGACCUCAGCGACAAAACUCGCUUCGAGUAUUUUUCCCGGGUGCUUCCACCCGACACGUACCAGGCGCAGGCCAUGGUGGACAUCGCCAAGGAGCUGCAGUGGAACUACGUCAACACCAUCGCGGAGGCGGGUACCUAUGGAGAGAAGGGGAUCGAAGCUUUCAAAGAAGCCGCCAAAAAUUCCGGUGUCUGUUUGGCCAAAUCCAGAAUAAUUCCUCGCAACGCAGACGGAAAGGCGUAUGAAGACAUUAUUAAUGACCUCCUGGAGAGCACCAACUCGGCCAAGGUGGGUGUGAUGUUUGCUGACGAGGACAACUCCCGUCGCUUGCUGAAGGCGCUGAUCCGACUGAACAGGACGCAGGAGCUGACCCUGGUGGCCAGCGACAGUUGGGGGGCCAAAGUUCACCCCGUCACCGGCCUGGAGGCGGCGGCCGUGGGCACCAUCACCAUCCUGUCCAAGCGUAAAGACAUCAAAGAGUUUGACGAUUAUUUCUUAAACCUCACCUUGGACAACAAUAAAAGGAAUCCCUGGUUUCCAGAAUACUGGGAGGAGACAUUCAACUGCAGCAUCCGCGGCAACGGCAAACGAAAGAAAUGCACAGGUCAGGAAAGUCUGCGUGACGUGCCAGGGUACAAGCAGGAGGGUCUGGUGCAGUUUGUCAUCGACUCGGUCUUCGCCCUGGCGCAUGCUGUUCAGGACAUGUUGUCUGUUCACUGCAAGAAUGGCUUCCCGAGAUGCCCCUACCUGCGGCGGUUGUCUGGAGAAGAUUUCCUAGGAUUCAUCCGAAAUGUCUCCUUCACAGGUAUAAGCGGAGAUGCCGUGCAGUUUAAUGCCAACGGCGAUGGUCUGGGCAGGUAUGACAUCUAUCAGUUCCAGCAGAUGCCAGACAAGUCCUUUGACUACACCUUGGUGGGAGAAUGGACGGACAGGCUGAAACUAAAUCUCAGUUUUCUUCAGUGGAAAAACGGGUCGUCUGGUCGGCCACCCGUGUCAAUAUGCAGCCACCCGUGUAAGUUUGGAGAGAGCAAACGGCGGAACAGUCAGUGUUGCUGGAUGUGUGUGCCGUGCAAAGACAACGAGUACCUCAAGCUAGUGUCGCCCUAUCAGGACGAGGAGACGUGCCAGUCGUGUGACGACAAGUCCAAGCCCAACCCCAACCGUACAGGGUGCGUGCGGCUGCCGGAGGUCUACAUCGAGUUCAGCAGCCCGUGGUUCCUGCUACCAGCUGCCUUCUGCAUCUUCGGCAUGAUCACCACCAUCUUCGUCUUGGUCGUCUUCAUCCGCUACAACCGCACUCCAGUCAUCAUGGCCUCGGGUCGCGAGCUGUGCUACCUGCUGUUGCUCGGCAUCUUCAUGUCCUACGCCACGGCCUUCGUCAUGCUCGUCCGACCCUCGCCGGUCCUGUGCGCCAUCCGGCGCCUCGGCAUCGGCGUCUCGCUCUGCUUCAUCUACGCGGCGCUGCUGACCAAGACCAACCGCAUCUACCGCAUCUUCAACGUCGGCAUCAAAGCCAUGGUCAAGCGGCCCAGCUACACGUCCCCGCGCUCGCAGAUCCUCAUCUGCACCUGCCUCGUGUCCGUGCAGGUGGUCGGGGGGCUGACGUGGCUGGGCUUCGAGAAGCCGGCCACCGAGUACCGCUUGCACGAGAAGGAUUACUUGGCCAUGGAGUGUCGGUCCAGUCAAGUGGCCACCAUGAUGUCGCUCUUCUACAACAUGUUUCUCAUCGUCCUGUGCACGGUGUACGCUUUCAAGACGCGCAAGAUUCCGCAGAACUUUAACGAGGCCAAGUACAUCGCUUUCACAAUGUACAGCACGUGCAUCGUGUGGUCGGCUUUCAUCCCCAUCUACUUCGGGGCCAACCACGACUUUCGGAUCGAAGUGACCUCCCUUUGCAUGUGCGUGGCCAUCAGCUCCACAGUUUCCUUGUUCUGCCUGUUCGCGCCCAAGGUCUACAUCGUCCUCUUCCAGCCCCACAAGAAUGUCCGUCAGGCCGCUAGUGCGUCACUGCCCAGCACGGCCUGCAAGACGUCACGCACCUACUACGGUGGUUCGGCGGGAGUGACGUACCCCGCGCAGAAUGGCAGCGCUCUCAGACAGUCCUUGGAGUCCGAGUGCUGCCACGAAGAGGGCAGAGACCGUGUGGAGGUGGUGAAUGCCUUUCCGGACAGUCUCGACGAGUUCUCGUGUGAUGAGGGCGGUGAGAUUGCGGACCCACCCCCGCCCUCAGCCGUCGACACUUGAUCUGAGGGCUCGCUUUUAGUGCCAGGUACUCCCGCGCCUGAAACUCUGGACUAAAGGCUCGCUUUUAGUGUCAGGUGCUGUACGCCAGGAGGCGACUAAACGUUCGCUUUUAGUGCCGGGUACUCCACAUACUCCACAUAACUCCACAUACUUCCCAUACUCCACACCCGGAAAUAAAGACUGACAACGCUGACGUUCGUAUUUUCACAACUGGAAGUUUUUUGAUGCUAUAGAGGUCGUUCUUCACGUUCACCAGUCUUUAUUUGUAAUAUAAAUGAAAGAAUGGAAAAAAGAAAGAAAGAUGAAACUCAUGACAAGUCCUUUGCUGAUACAUUUUGGCGCCAGGGCGGUGUGGUUCGGCACAGCAUCUAGUUCAUUGUCGUGUCAGUGCAGACGUGCAACCAAUGUGUUCAUUGUGUUUUGAUGUGCUUGAUUUGCUUCAUCAAGCCACCUUGGUGCUUCUAGUAAGUAAACUAGUAGACCAUUGUCUCCAUUUGUUUGGUCUUGAACCUGCACCCCUAGAACAAUUUACCUAGAGAAUAUAGGUGCACAUGCGACAAAUCAUUGCUGUGAUCACAUUACUGUUGAAGGAUGCAGUUUGAAUGAUUAAAUAAGUUUUUAUCGGUAUUUAAAACUUUUCAAAUGAUGUCUUACUAGAAGUACAUUAACAAAGACUUUCUGGCUAAAGUGAAGUGAAAUAUGUGAUUGAUGGUGAGAAAAAUACAAAACUUUUAUAGCAUGUUUAAUUGUUAAACAUGAAUACACAAAUCUUAAAUUGUUAAUGUUUCAACUACAAUUUAAAAAAUCAUUCUCUUUUAGCACAUCCAUGGAGAAGGAAAUUAGGAAAUAACAAAGGAAAUUUAAAAAACCCACAAAUGUUCGGUUCAGCUGAACAUUUCUUUCACUGGUCGCAGGAUCCAAUGUUAUUCACUGAUAAAGCGGCUGCAGAUAAAGGGAAAGAACACUGUUGACGUCGGCAACGUGCAGUAGCGAUAGUUAGCUCCCUUCACCGCUCCUCAGCUUCACACGGCAGUUUCUUGGAUUUUUGCGUCUCCUUUUGAUAAUUAUGGGUGCUCGAGGUUAUUUGAUUUUCGAUGAAUCUCUGUUUUUAGUUUCUAUGUAUUUGGGAUCGGGUUGGGAGGGGUUGCCUCUCACUGCUUUCACAAAAGUAUUAAUAGUCCACGAGACAUUUUUUAGCGUGUGUAUAUAUAACUGGGGUGUGUGCGUGUGCGUGCGUUCGUCUUUGUAUGCUUAUCGUACCCCAGAAAAAAAGUGAAACCAUUUAUGGGGGGAGCUCAACGCAGAUCCUUAGUGCCUAUCCGCCCCCGAUCGAUGGUCUUUCAUGUGCGCUUUCACAGCUAACCACUCCCUCCCCCUCGUCCUGCCCUCCACUCACGCAUUCCACGUCCCUCCACAGCCUCGAUCUGCACCGCGUCACCAUUUGAUCCUUAUAAUGGAUGACAAUCAUCGCAGUUAUUAGCCGGCUUUUGGGUGUAAACCCGUUUUAUAAUUUUUUAUUUAUUUAUUUAUUUAUUUUUAACCACCGACACUCCUGAAAACGUGCAUUCAGCCGCGGAGACAAACGCUUAUCAUCAACUUUCGGUAGUUGCCGAUGAUAAAUGUUUGUUUCGUGUUGCAUAAUGGCUCGUUUUUGGCUCAGUGUGAUGUCCUCAGGGAUGGAGGUCAUGACCUCCAGUGUGUGUUCACAUCCUCCCACUCUAGAGAGGAGUCCGUUUCCGAUCCUUUCUUGCCAUCGCUUGUGAAAUUAUAACGCAUAGACUUGUUGAUCAUUCCUCCACUGACUCAAACCCUCAGGACUGGCUUUGUGGUGGCAAGAGAACCCUGGUCUCAUGCGGAGGGAUUUGAAUAACAGUGGAAUGCUCCUGUACAAAGACUGCUAACUUUUGAACUAAAUAUUAUGGCAUCCGAAGGGGAGAAAGACAAUGAGUCUUGUAUAAGACGAUGAAAAACCAUUUAACACUGAAAUAGGGGGAGAGGGGCCAUGAGUGAAGGCGAGGGUCUUUAAAGGGUUUGUAAAUUAAUGCCAGAUAAUGUGUACACCAGUUUGACUGCAGUUUGUCAGCUGGUCACAUAGGUAUGUCGUUACACACAACUCUUUGAAUGUCAAGCCUGUCAUGGUUCAAAAGGAAUCAAAGCUGCAGAGUUAGAGAAAUAUUUUGUUUCCAUGCAAUAUAUAUAUAUAUCUUUUUCUGUACACUAACGAAAUUUUGCAUGUCUUUCCUGCAUUUUAUCUGCUUGUCUGUUCUUGUGUUUGUCAGUCUCUCUAUGUAUAUAUAUCUUGACACAGUGUACCAAAAAAGUAGGUAUAAAAUACUAAUUGGGCCAUGUUGAAACAGGCUUGAUCUGACAAUAAUAAUUUUGUCAUAUGAAUCUAUGUACUCUGUGUGUGUGUGUGAGAGAGAAAGAGAGAGAUAGAGAGAGAGAUACAUCAUCAACAUCUCGGAAUCUGCUACUGUGUCCAGAGUCAAGUACUAUGCUGUACAUAUAAAACUUAAACUGUUACCAAUACAUGUUAUGUAUAUCACAAUGUAGAUAAAAAAAAACCCAGUCCAUCAAAGAACUGUGCACCUGUACUAUAUUUCUUGGGGGAGUAUAGAAGUAGGAGAAUUACAUUAUUGUUGGAGGCGCAGAGUUUGAUCUCAUAAAUUAAAAUAUUUAUAUUCGCUGUCCUUUAAUAUGACUUUAAAAGUUGAGUGUGUACAUUUUUUAUUCAUUCAUGACUUUAGGUUAACAGUAUUUAUUAUAACUAUUUACAUGUGUAAUACGUCUUUAUGAAUACAAGUGUUGUUUCCUAAACUGAAACAAGACUUUUUUUGCUCAAGUCCUAGUCUUCAUCUUGCUGACCGGCCAGGGCAGGUCCUUCAGAACUGUUCCCUGCACGCCGCCAAUGUGUAGUUACUUGUUCCUACAGUAGGGAGACAGUGUGUGUGUGUGCCCGCUUGUGUGUGUCUAUGUGCUUGAUGAAGGCAAUGAUGAGAAGAACAUGAGUGCGUCUGUGUGGGUCAGUCUGUGUUACCUGUCCCAACUGAACCUUCUUAACCAGACACACUACAGAACAUGAGACUGUAUUUAUGGUCGUCAUUUCAAAAGAUGUCCCAAAUAUAGUCCCAUUUUCGACACUUUAUUCUGUCUUGUAAAGAAGAUUCUUAUAAGGACGAGUGGGAAACUGGCAAUUUUUUCUGACUGGGUAAAAGCGCAUGAUACUAUUUUCCUAAAGCUAAGUAAAUAGCAUCCUUUCGUCUUCGAGAUACCCGCCUACAAAAUCUUCAUGCUCAGAAAAAAGCACAAAAUCUUGAUAGCAAGUUUCUACACAGAUAUGCCUAAUCAUAUGUUCCAAGCUCUCCUAUUGUCUGAACCCUUGACAAAGUAAACAUAUUUAUGCAUUGUCCUGACGACUGUGAUGCUGAUCUCUUUCUGCGCUCAGUAUUUUUUUUAAGGACGCGUAUCUCGAGAACGAAAUAGCACGAUUCUCCUAGUUUUGCGAAAGUAGUAUCUUGCCUUUAUCUUUACCCAAUCUUUAAAAAGACAACUUGCACCCCACUAGGCCUUUAAACAAUGCACCCAUUCUGUUGGCUGUUUGGUGUCAUGUUUAGUGAUAGUGCUCUGAUUUGGUGUAAUAACUCAUCUCUGUCUGUCUCGCAGUAUUUGCAGAGUAGACUGCAAGUCAGCCCAAAAGCUGUACAGCACAUUUUUGGGUCGCUCCGGAAGAAAACGGGUCAUCUCAGAUAGUCUUUCUGCUCGCCAGACCGCAAACUGAUCUCACGCACGUGACGCUAGCCUCACAGCAGCUCAGAAAAUCUCUUUUGUGACAGAGGAACUAACAGUUCAUUCUGCAAGAUCAUUUAUUCUGAUAUCUAUGAGCUUGCUUUGUCGCAGGUCCUAUUAUUAUUAUUAUUAUUAUUAUUAUUAUUAUUAUUAUUAUUAUUAUUAUUAUUAUUAUUCACGCUAGAGCUAUAUUAACACUGUCUUCGUGGUAAAAGGUUGGUCCACACGUUAGAGUUUCUACUCUGUCUACACGCUACAACUAUUUUAAGACUGUCUACAUCAUAGAACUACUAACACUGUUUACACUAGAAUUGCAUUUUCUACACUCGUAGUCGAGCUGGCCUACAUGACUAUCUUGCUGCAAGAUUCACCCACAAGGACGGUAGAAAACAAAAUUAAUUUUUUUUUUUUUGUUUCAUUCCGUAAAAGGGAGAUAAUGUUUGUAGGUAGUGCAGGAAGAGUUACUAGUCUUGUCUGUCGCUUUCUUUGUGUUGUGUUUUGUAACAGUUGCCUAGUUUUUACCACAUCGUGUGCUCAAAAUACCGUAAAGGCUUUCUUAGUGCUACUUUUAUAGAGCAGAACAUAAUGCAUUUUUUAAAAAGUAUUUAAAGUGGUUACUGGAACAACUUUCGCACGAAGUUCAAGUUCUGUUGACUGAGUAAUAAAAAAUGUAUCAGUUUAGUGAAUCCCUGUUUUGUAUACAUUUUAAUGAAACCAUUGAAUACUUAUGGGAUAAAAAUAUAAAGAUGAAUAAUUUUAUUUUCUUUUGAAUGCAUAUAUAAGAAAGCUAGUCAUAUCCCCUAGACAUUUUCUCGAUUGUUACCACACCCCGUGAAUCUGUACACAUAUAGCUGAACACCUUAAUACUUUACAAAUUCUGCCAUAAACAUAGUUUUUUUUUCACAUGUUGAAAUUAUGCAGACUUAACAUUUAAAGAUUAAGCUUCAAGUGAUUAGUUUUGUUUUCAUAUUGGAUUUUUUUAUUACUUUAUAAUGUACUUUUGUGUAUUUAUACCUAACCUUAGUAUUUCUUAAGCACGUAUAUUCUUUAGCAAUUAAUUCUCAUUAUUUUAAAGCAAAACUACCGUCAAUUUUAUUGAUUAUGUUCCAUAACAAUUUUUCUAGACAUUAACUUUAUUCAUAAAUCCCUUGAGGGAUCUACAGAUAUCGACAUUACAUACAUAAUAGCAGUUCACCACUCCAAUUUCCUCAUAAACAGCACGCAUAAAAGUUAGUUUUGUGUAUAUAGAAAUAAUACUGACAUUAAAGCUAAUGGUAGCAAUCUUGUUAAUAAUACUAGUCUAGCAUUAACAUGACUAAAACCAGAUAAAUUUCACCAAAAGCACUCUUAGAAAAUCCGUGUGACCGCCGAUGUACAUCGGUGAUAUGGACAGAAAAUAGAAACAUGAAAUCGGAUGAUAGAUCGUGAACUUUACAUAAAAAUCUUAUAGGAUGUCAUGGUAAAACAUUUUGGAGGUGUAGGCAAAAAGCAAAGAUAACACUACCCCAUAGUUUUAGACCAGAGAUGCUAAGGGGUCCUUUACACAUGCGCAAACGGCUGGACUGGGCGGAUAGCAAACCCGGAGGUAGGCUGCAGAAAGAGAAGUCGCUAGUUAGUGUUAACAGGUAAUGAUAACCACAGGUGUCCAUCCGAAUUAUUAUCACAAGCUCCACAAUCUCAAAAGCUUCAGAAUUCUAACUCCGAAAUCGUUUUCUCUACUUUUGUUCUUCUGUCUCUUUUUUUCUAACCCAGAUUGUCUUCUUAUGUUUUCAUUCCUUAUUUGUAUUACUUCCAAUUCUAGCACCGUACCUCUAGACUAAGUCGACAGCCCUUAACAUCCGUCCACUAGUCCUGUCAAUGUGAAUGACAGUCUGACGGCCACGAUUCCCUGCGUGUCAUCAGUUUGCUGGUCGCUGUAACACUGAUUAGUGUGUUGUUUGUACUUCACAAACUCCUCAGUUCCUGUUUUAUCAUAUAACUAUAUUAUGCUGCGGACACAGGUUGCUUAUUUUAAGUCUCUUCUGUUACAUUAAUCUUCCACAGUCCUGGCCAAGAUUCAUAAUUUAAGUAAGACACGAUUGAUGGUUUAAACGCUACAUAGAGACAAACAAUUCCCAAUAUGUUUAUGUUCCAGUCUGUAAAUAAAGCGAGAUGAAAAGACUGUUAUAAUAAUUACAUACACACAAGCUUGUGACAAAGUGAUAUGUGAGGCUAUGAAUACAGUAUUUUUAAUAUACCUGUAAGUUGUGUGACAUAGUAUAGUGUAGUCUGAUCUCUUUAAGCUUUUCUUGUGGUAAAAAUUUUGAAAAAAUUUCUGUUACGAUUCUUUAUCUUCUGUAAUGUUUUUCGUGAUGCAAGAAUGAUUACCGGGCAGGGGGACGGAUGUUCAAAAAGAUGUUUGCUAUGUUUUUCCUAAGUGUAAAUUGCGGUGAAACAGCUUAUGAUUUCGUGGAAAAUAUUUGCGCUGAGCGGCAAUCUGUGAAACUUUUGCUGAUUAUUCACCUAAAACCUCAUCCUCUUCAACCUUCAUCAUCACCAUCCUAAAGACCUUUCUGAUCAUCGGAUGCUUUUGAUAAAGUGAAGUUAAACUUAAUGUUCUUGCUAUUGCUUUGAGUGGUAGUUCUUUAGCUGUUUGAUUUUCCAAAGUAAAGGGCAGGUAAAUGUUUUAUUCCCAACGGCAUAGUAAUGAUCAUCGUGUGGUUGAGGCCUAGGCUACCUCUACAACCCGUCUAUACCCUCCCCGUGCUGCAAAAAACAAAAAGUCCCCACAGGAAUGUGUUAAUGUUUAUCAUCUUAAUGAUCUCAAACCGUGUUUUAUCAAAUACCGAUGUUUAUUAUUUAUACUUGCUGGUUUUUGGUGCGAAAGCGCAUCAUGACUGUUCUCUUCCAAGAUAAGAUUGUGUAUUCAUAUUCACUGUCCAGUGUCUGAGAAGUGGCAACGAACGUCCUCUCACUGGAACUGGACAAUAUGGAAAGAGAUGAUAUUAUGGAAAAAGAAACUGAAUGUCGUUUGACGAGGGCCUUAAAGAAGCUUUCGUCGCAGACUCGUGAAUUCCUAUUACAAACUCUUGCUAACUCUCGCCACAGAUUCUCGUGGAUUCUCGUCACAGACAAUCAAGGAACAUCACUUCGUGCUUGCCUCUAGCUCGUGUUGCGAGUUUUCUGCGCAUGCGUAAGGACAUGGCAGACAUCCUGCACGUACCUACCUACAGUGUGUCCUCUGUGUGUGUGUGUGUGUUUACACGUAUAUUGUCAGUGUGUAUGUCAAUCAUCUAGUUUUAUGCUUGUGCGUAGGCUCAUCCGUGUGCAUAAUUCCUCUGUGCGUGAGUGCGUCGUACGUAAGGUUGUGUUUUCAAGAGUCGUGAAUGUCUGAUGAUGAAUCGUCAGGAAUUAUUUCACAUCCUGACGCAUUUGCUUAGAGAAUAAAAACAAGAAACACCA